GAUAUUAUUUCUGUACGACAAAGAGAUACGAUAAAUCGGGAGAGAGAGAAACAUGAAUAGUGUGUGAGCCGAGAUAUAUGUCACAUAGUAGGCCUAAUGGACUUAUUUGUAUAAAACACGAAAUUUAACCCCAAAUAUAAUAACGUUAGGAUCAAUCACUGAACACUUCAACGGAAUUAAACUCUGGGAGAACAUGGAGAAGAAACGGUGGGAUUGCUCGGCUCUCCCCAAGGGCUGGCAAAUUGAAGAAGUGACCAGAAAGUCGGGUUUGUCUGCGGGGAAAAGCGAUGUCUAUUAUUAUAGUCCAACCGGGAAGAAGUUUCGGAGCAAGCCUCAGCUGGCUCGUUACCUUGGCAACCAGAUGGACCUCAGCUCCUUCGACUUCCGCACGGGGAAGAUGCUCAUGAGUAAACUGAACAAGAACAGGCAGAGGCUGCGCUAUGACAACAACAAUCAGACCAAGGGCAAGCCAGACCUGAACACCUCACUUCCCGUCAGACAGACUGCUUCCAUCUUUAAGCAGCCUGUCACCAAGGUUACCAACCACCCCAGCAACAAAGUCAAGACCGAUCCACAGAAAGCCGUGGACCAGCCAAAACAGCUUUUCUGGGAGAAGAAGCUUGGUGGUCUCAAUGCAUUUGACAUCGCAGAGGAGCUAGUGAAGACAAUGGACCUGCCUAAAGGUCUGCAAGGAGUUGGACCUGGAUGUACAGACAAGACUCUACUGUCAGCGAUAGCCAGCGCCCUGCACACUAGUGCAGCCCCCAUCACAGGUCAGCUGUCUGCAGCCGUGGAAAAGAACCCAGGGGUGUGGCUCAACACGACCCAGCCCCUCUGCAAGGCUUUCAUAGUCACCGACGAGGACAUCAGGAAGCAGGAAGAGCUGGUGUACAGUGUGAGGAAGAAGCUGGAGGAGGCUCUAAUGGCGGACAUGUUGGCUCAUGUGCAGGAAGCAGCCAGCGAGGGUGACUCACUCAAUGAAGGCAAUGAUGACAUGGAGACUGUAUAGCAGAGGGAGAUGGGGAGUUAUAUAGUAGUCUGGAUGGGUUUUUCAACUCCUUGUCAAAUGACAAUGAAACCAGGAACCCUGUACCAAUCCAACCAAAAGAACUGCCCACUUUCUGCCCAUCCCCUUCCACGUGCUACCCCUCUGAAGCUUUGCCUACCUACUGUCCACCUCGCCCACUGUUUAGCCUCUUCUGGCUCCAGCCCUAUGAAAGUACUUGGACUCAGGAAUUCUGAAUCAAAUGGAUUAGUAGCUAAAUUACCUUUUUUUUUUUUAAGAUAGCAUCAAAUACAAUGUUGGCAGGGCAGAGUGAAAGAGAUCGGUCUCGUACAGUAUGAUGAAUUCAGUGUUCAAUGAUGUAGUCUUUUUUUUUUGUAAGACAUUUGAUGUAUUUGCUGAAUGUGAGUUAUAUAUUGUGACGAUCAUGUCAUUGUUAACCCACCCCAAAACAUGUUUUAAAUUCAUUGGGAUAUUUAGAAUUAGAAGUGAAUUCUGUUUUUUCCGUGGGUUUUUCUUUCUGGGUUUCUAAUGCACUCCAUAGGGAUAGAUGGACCAUAUUUUAAAGGUACUUUGGCUUAUUUUAUAGGGCUAUGUGAGAGAGGCUUUGGUGAGAGGGAACAAGAUACUUGCCUAAAUGAUGAUAAUGCGGCAGGUAGCCUAGGGGUUAAGGGCGUUGGGCCAGUAACCGAAAGGUCACUGGUUCAAAUCCGUGAGUCAAUGAAAAAUCUUUCCAUGUGCCCUUGAGCAAGGCACUUAACCCUAGUUGCUCUGGAUAAGAGUGUCAGCUAAAUGACUAACAUGUCAAUUAUGCACUCUAAAUUCUAACGCUUGUGUUAGUCACAGGAGAGAGUCUUAGUGAAAAAUCAUUGGAUCAUGUUCUCAAGAAAAUAUCCUUAUUGUUGUAAGUAAGUCCAUAUAAACCCCUUACCCAGUACUUAUGAGUCAGGCCAUACUGUACUUAGUUAUAAUGGGUACAACGGUUAUGAGUCAGGCCAUACUGUACUUAGUUAUAAUGGGUACAACAGUUAUGAGUCAGGCCAUACUGUACUUAGUUAUAAUGGGUACAACAAUUAUGAGUCAGGCCAUACUGUACUUAGUUAUAAUGGGUACAACGGUUAUGAGUCAGGCCAUACUGUACUUAGUUAUAAUGGGUACAACAGUUAUGUAGAAGUCACAUGGACCCUCUGCUACAUGUUGUAGAUUUUAUUACUUUUUAAAACUCCCUGUAUAGGACUCACUGAAGUUGUUGGUUUAACGUUGGUGUUUCUAGCCAAUGCACAUUUUUCCCAUGGCCAUGACUUCAGUCAACAUAUUUUUAAAAUGUUUCCAAUAAUGUGUCAAUGCCACCACAACACAUGCUGCCUCCCUGUCAUCUUGUUCACUGGGUGCCAGACAGUAAGCUUGUUCACUGGGUGCCAGACAGUAAGCUUGUUGACUGGGUGCCAGACAGUAAGCUUGUUCACUGGGUGCCAGACAGUAAGCUUGUUCACUGGGUGCCAGACAGUAAGCUUGUUCACUGGGUGCCAGACAGUAAGCUUGUUCACUGGGUGCCAGACAGUAAGCUUGUCCACUGGGUGCCAGACAGUAAGCUUGUCCACUGGGUGCCAGACAGUAAGCUUGUUCACUGGGUGCCAGACAGUAAGCUUGUUCACUGGGUGCCAGACAGUAAGCUUGUCCACUGGGUGCCAGACAGUAAGCUAAUCAUAUUUUGUUUGAAUAAAGGUGAAGAUUCUCAGUGUUGAGAAAAUGAAUUGCGCUUUGAACAUUUACCUACAUUUCUCAAAGUUUGAUGUAUGUAUGAAAUGUCAAGCUCAAUGAGAUCCCUAUCCCACAUCAGCAGGCUGACUGCUGAACUGAAUUGGAUUGUGUUACUGAAUAAAAUGGAUCUGUAUUUCAACAGUA